AUGACUACUACAAGCUCAGAGUCGCUGAUCGCACUGAAGGCUGCUGCUGCGCCUUUUCAAGCCAUCAAGGCGAGGUUCAAGCUCUUCGCCAAAGACGAGGACAGACCCACUCCUCCGGAAGUCUACAACUGGCGGAUCUACGCCACUGCCGUGAUGGCAUCUGCCGCGGCCAUCAUCAUCGGGUACGACGGGGGUUUUAUAGGCGGAACCGUGGCGUUGGAUUCGUUCCGCCACGAGUUUGGGCUCGAUGACUCUUCCCACUCCAAGGGCAUCAUUUCCAACGUCAUCUCGGUGUUCCACGCAGGCUGCUUCUUCGGAGCGUUGUUCUCGUACCCGUUCUCGUUCUACUGGGGCAGAAAGAUCUCGUUGGUGUUCGCUGCCGUGUUGGUGACGGUUGGGUCUGCGGUGAUGCUAGCCGCCAGCGCAGAACGGGGACUAGGACCCAUCUACGCGGGACGAGUGUUGGCCGGCGUGGCGAUCGGAUUCUCCACCAACCUCACAGUGGUGUACAUCUCCGAGGUGUCGCCUCCCGCCAUCCGGGGCCAGCUCACGCUGUCGUACGAGAUUGGCUGGAGAAUAGGCGACUUGGUCGGAUUCUGGAUCUCCUACGCCGUGGACGAGCUGGUUGCCAAAGGCAAGAAGCAGUGGUUCAUUCCGUUUGCCGUGCAGCUCAUCCCCAGUGGCAUGUUCUUGGUGGGAUCGCUCAUGAUGAAAGAGUCGCCGCGGUGGUUGUUCCAGGUGGGACGCCACGAAGAGGCCCUAGCCAACUUGACCUGGCUCCGUAACUUGCCCGUGGACCACGAGUAUAUCGUGUACGAGGUCAACCAAGUACGUGACUCCAUUGAGACUCAGAAGAAUAAGGUCGGAUUGGGUCUCUGGGACCCAUUCUUAGAGGUGUUCGUCCGCAACAAGCACAUCUUGUUGCGUUUGGCCAUCACCUGUGGGCUCUUCCUCUUCCAGAACUUCUUGGGCAUCCAGUCUAUCAACUACUACUCUCCUAUCAUCUUCAAGGGAUUGGGUGUCAAGGGCACCAACGCCACGCUCUUCUCCACAGGUAUGUUUGGUGUGGUCAAGUUCGUGUGCACUUUCAUCUACAUCAUCUUCAUUGUGGAUACCGUGGGAAGACGACGUGCGUUCAUGACGUCGUCUGCCGUGUGUUCUGUCUGUUUCUGGUACAUCGGCUCCUACCUCAAGCUCAAUGACCCCACCGUUCCCGGAAACCUGGCGGGCCCAGGCGGAAAGGCCGCUAUCGCCAUGAUGUACAUCUGGAUCGCCUCGUUCAUUUUGGCGUGGUCUGGAGGACCGUUUGUGGUGGGUGCAGAGGUGUUUGACCAGAACAUCCGUUCGUUCGUCCAGGCAAUCAACGCAGCCGUCUCGUGGGUGCCCAUUUUUAUCAUGGCCAGGCUCACCACCAAGAUGAUCGACAAAAUGGAGUACGGCAUCUACUACUUUUUUGCCACUUUGGCCAUUUUGUCGAUUCCAUUUGUAUUCUUCUGUGUGCCUGAAACAAAGGGAAUUGCAUUGGAGGACAUGGACAAGUUGUUCGACGCCAACAUCCCCGCCAGACAUGCCCACAGGGUGGUUUUUGCCAAUGCCAGAAGCGACAACACUAAGGACUUGCACAAAAUCGAGGCCUAUAUGGUGGAAGACGUGGGAAAAGUGCAAGUUUAA